UUGUCAGAUAGAGAGUGGUGGAGAUAGGAUUUGGUAGAAGUUCAGCUUGGAGUGAUUGAGUGCUAGUCUUACUUGAAGUUUUCUUUCUUUUGAUCAGAUGGCUGCACCACUAGUAACUCUCCUGCUCGCUGUUCUACCAGUGAUCCUUUGCUACCCAACCUCAUAUGUUGACCUUGAAGGCAAAGGCAGUAACAGGUCAUCUAUUCGCUUCUUGGCAAUUGGAGACUGGGGUGGUCUGCCCUAUCCUCCUUACAUCACGCCCAUUGAGAAGGCUACUGCCGUUGAGAUGGGCCGAAUUGCUGAGCAGAUGGGAACUGAUUUUAUCCUGGCCCUGGGAGACAACUUUUAUUACAAAGGGGUGACCGAUGUUAAUGACCCUAGGUUUGAGGAGACCUUUGAGAGGGUGUAUACUGCCAAGUCUCUGGAUGUCCCAUGGUAUGUAGUUGCUGGCAACCACGACCAUGCAGGAAACGUCAUGGCUCAAAUUGAGUACUCCAAGGUGUCCAAGAGAUGGCAAUACCCAUACUACUACUACGAGCUGAACAUGCGCAUCCCCCAGACCGACAGCACUGUGACCAUCCUGAUGCUGGACACGGUUCUGUUGUGCGGGAAGACCGACGACUUCCUCAGCCAGAAACCCCACAGCCCCCAUGCCGUCCACGCCAACAGACAGCUGGUCUGGCUGCAGGAGCGCAUGGCCCGCUCUAAGGCCGACUACCUCCUGGUGGCCGGCCACUACCCUGUGUGGUCCAUCUCUGAGCACGGCCCCACUGACUGCCUGCUGAAGAAGCUGCGCCCUCUGCUGGUCAAGUACAAGGCUACAGCUUACCUCUGUGGCCAUGACCACAACCUGCAGUAUCUUAAGGAGUCUGGAGUGGGUUACAUUGUCAGUGGAGCUGGGAACUUCAUGGAUCCAGACACUCGCCAUCGCAAGCAUGUUCCCCACAACUCCCUCAAGUUCUUCACUGGCAAGGCCUCCACCCUGGGUGGCUUUACACACAUUGAGAUCAACAAGAAGAAAAUGACCAUCACCUUUAUACAAGCGAGGGGCACAUCUUUGUACCAGGCUGUCCUUUCCAAAAGGGAUCUGAACUUUGACGCCGAGCCUGAUUCUGAGUAGCAGCUAUAUAUUCCGCAAAGGUCUUUAAUAUUUAUCAACCCUUGAAUGAUUUGUAGACAAAUCCACAGGAUAAUGCCUAAUCUGUGUUUUAAUGUUUUAGAAAAUUUGUAAUAAAUUGAUUUAAUUUUUUAUAAAUAUUUUAAGAGGCUAUUAAAAUGUCAAACUUAAA